UUAACGUGAUUAGGCCUAGCGUUGUAAACUCUAUAUAUUUGAUCAAUGGUACACACUCCAGAUUGAGGAGUUUUCCCGAAAUUUAACAUGGUAUCACAGCUUAGGUUGUAGAUCUCAAUUUUUAUUUCUUUUCCAAUUCCUUUGGUUUUUUUUUCUGUUUUGAUUGGGACCUAGCCUACUUCACGUUUCCGCAAUUACACUUUCCCCUGUUCACGGUUUAAUUCCAGAUUUCGGUUGCAAUUAAAUUCCUCUGUUUUUUAUUUUUACGCUCACUGCUUCAUUGAUUUCCCAUGGCCAAGGAUGGUGACACCCCUCCUCCGCCACCUCCGCCACCUCCUACGACGGAGUUUCACCCCGCCUUGGCAGUGAGCAACAUAAAAAAUGCAAUACCCCUUGUUCUUGACUAUGAGAAAGUACAAUACUCCAAUUGGGUGGAGCUAUUUGAGAAUCAUGCUUGUGCGUAUAAUGUGUUAGAUCACAUAGACUCAUCUAUUUCACGGCCGACGAAUAUAUCGGACUCCUUAUGGAAGCGCCUCGAUGCAAUUGUCAAGCAGUGGGUAUACAGCACGAUCUUUACCGACCUUCUCAAUACAAUUUUAGCCCCAAAAUCGAGUGCUCAACAACUAUGGGAUCGCAUUAAAGAAAUAUUUCAAGAUAACAAGAACACUAGGGCGGUCUAUCUUGAAAAUCAGUUCAACUCGCUUCAUCUGAGCAACUUCCCUAGUGUAACGGCGUACUGUCAGCAACUUAAGAGCCUUGCCGACCAAUUAGCCAACAUCGAACAACCUGUGACGGAGCAAAAACUUGUGAUCCAACUUGUUUCCGGACUAACAGGCACCGACUUUGAUACGGUUGCUACCAUGAUUCAGCAAACCGAUCCCUUACCUUCGUUCAACACAGCAAGAUCGAGGCUUCUUCUUGAGGAAUCUCGACGAGCGAACGACCACAAUUUAUAUCCAUCUUCUUUUGUCGCACAAGCGGAGCUCUCUGCAAACUCCGGGCAGCAGCAAACGCAAUCCACGGCUGGCCGCGGUUCAGGUGGCGGCGCCAGAGGUCGUGCUUCAGGUGGCGGCAAAGGGCGAGGUAAAGGCAAGGGUCGGGGCUCUUCUUCAAGCCAAGGACAACAACAGGGUACGCAACAACAGGGACAACAACAACCACAAGGAUGGCAACAACAAGUUCAGCCCAAUCCUAAUGGUCAAAAUUGGGCCACAUUACCUCAAUGGCCCAAUUCGUUCCAGCCCUUUUGGCCUCAAGGCUGGGCAAUUCCGCCAGCACCCUUUCCCACCUCUGGACCAUUCCAGCAACGGCCCACCUAUGCUCGUGGAUCAAGUCAGCAGGCCUACACAAUGGGGUCCUCCACCUACGGACCUCCAAUGACCCCCACAGAUUUUGGCAGUGCCUACUCUUCAAUGAAUUUGUCCACUCCGGACAACGGAUGGUACAUGGACUCGGGAGCCACGUCUCAUAUGACCAAUAAUCUCGGAUCUACGAACGGGGAGGGAAAUAACGAGAUGCAAUAGCACCGGGGAGCUGUACCCAGUCACCUCAAGUCCAUCAACCACUUUCCUAGCUACUACUCUCGCUGCAACUACCCCGUGGCAUGAUUGUUUAGGGCAUCCCGGACCAUCAUCUUUAAGUUUUCUUAAGAGAAAUAAUUUUAUUUCUUGUAAUAAAGAGCAUGACUCCACUUUUUGCAAUUCUUGUCAAAUAGGGAAACAUGUUAGACUUCCGUUUCAUGAUUCAAAUAAUAGUACUUUUUCUGCUUUUGA